AUGAUAUCGAAGCUCGGUUGGACAACAAUUGAAGACGUAUUACAAUUACAAAAUUAUGAAAAACAAACACCGUUACAUUUAGCAUGUUUGCAUUUAAAUUUAAAUGCGGUACGAAUGCUUAUAACAAAAGAUUUUGAUAAAAUUAUCGCUAAAAUAUUUUCGUAUCGAAAAAGGAAAUUCGUUUCUCAAUGUUUGAAAAAAACAGCAAUUACGACAAUCGGUUGGAAUUUGAAAAAAGGUAUAAUUGUGCAUGAAAUGGCUAGUAUUCCAUGUGUUUGUCAAAACUUGGUCUUAAAAAAUGACUGCUUUAAUACUAAAAGAAUUUCUUAUAAUAUCGACCACGAAGAUAUCGAUGCACCACGUCGUCGAUGCAGUCACUGUGAUGAAGCUAUGAUGAAUAUUGUUAAAUUAAUAAGCGAACAUUAUCCAAAUAUUAAAUUCAUUCGUGAUAAAAAAGGACAAACUUCCUUGAUGCGCGCUGUUAUACAUGAUUCGAUCGAAAUUUUUAAGGCGAUUGAUAGUAAUUUUCAUACUGCAUUGCAUCAUGCAGCAACAAGAGGUUUAUCGAGACAAGUGGUAAUAUUAUUGGCAAAUGGUGCAUCACCAAUGGCUCAAGAUGGCUGUGGAGCGACACCAAUGCAUUAUGCCGCAGUUCAUGGAUAUACUUUAUGCCUCAAACUACUUUAUAAAGCCAGUCAACUGAUUGAUAAAUCGACGAAAAAUGGACACACAUCGUUUAUGUGGGCCGCAAUGAACGGUAUGAAUAAUUCGUUGAAAGCAAUGCUUUAUAUAAAUCCAAUGAUAAAUCGUAAAGAUGAGGAUAAGAAUAAAUCAACGGCGCUACAUCUUGCUGCUAUGAAAAAUUUUCCUGGCACGGUUGAAUUACUUAUCAAGAACGGAUGGUUUAUUGAGGACAGAAAUAAUAACGGUGACACUGCAUUUCUUUGCGCUUCAUCAUCAGGUAAUCUCGCUGCCAUACAAUUUUUGAUUAACGACGAUGCCAAUAUAUUUGCUCGAAAUAAGAAUUCCCGAGGAAAAACUGCUUUACAUCUUGCAAUUGAAUCAUUAGCUGUGCAAUGUGUUUAUCAGCUUAUCGAGAAUGGAGCGAAUGUUCGUAUUAAAGAUAGCGAUGGAUGGGAUUCUUUAAUGCUAGCUAUUAAAUCAGGUUCUUGGCCAAUUUUAAAGAUGAUUUUAAGGUAA